AUGAAGCUCUCAGUAUUCGCCCUCGCCGCCUUCACCGGCCUGGCUGCUUGCCAGUGCAUUUCAGCGAUCCCAGAAUGCGCACAGCAAUGCCUCCUGAUAGGGGCUUCUUCAGUCGGGUGCGGAGAGACGGACUAUUCUUGCCAGUGCACGUCGCAACACCAGACCGACAUCACAAACAACGCCACCACUUGCGUGCUCGCUGCAUGUGGUGAGCAAACCGCGCUGAACGAGGUCCUCCCAGCCGCCCAAGCGUUCUGCUCCGCCAUCAACGCCGGCGAAAGCUGCUCCUCGUCCAGCGGCGGGGGAAGCUCCACCACUGCAUCAUCCACCGAGUCUACCGGCACGGCGGCACCCAGUACUGGCUCCUCUGGCUCGGCCUCCUCCCCGAGUGCUACUUUGUCAACCACCAUCUCCGUGACAAGCUCCGGCACCGAGGCCAGCGGCACGACAGGGGGCUCGUCGACUGCCACUGGGGCCUCGACAACUGCGGCUUCUUCGGGCUCGGGCACUGCGACGGGGGCCAGCGCGAGUGCCUCGAGCACUGCUGGUGCGGCUACCGUGGGCUCGAUUGGGUCGCUCGGUAUCGCGGUUCUCGGAGCCCUUGUCAUGUUGUAA